UUGCCGGGGCACUGUUGUCUCAACCUGAUCGAUGCUUGUGCCCAUGUUGGCGCGGGGUAGAGUCCGGGUAGUCUCUGCUUUCAGCAGAGCCCUGAGACAGCAAUGGCAUGUUUCGGUCGCGACAUCACCAACAGACAUCAGUAUGGUGAGGCAAGUGGAAGCAAAGGUGAACUUCUCCAAUUUGCGUGCGUUGGGAUGUACCAUGGAAGAUUGUGUUGGAGAGACGCCUGUGGUGCGACUCCAGAGAAUGGUGCCCAAUGAGUGGGGUUCCAUCGUGUUGUGCAAACUUGAAGGCAACAACCCAGCAGGCAGUGUAAAGGAUCGUGCUGCUCUUUCGAUGAUCACACGUGCAGAGGCUUCAGGCCGCAUUCGUCCUGGUGAUACCUUAAUCGAAGCAACCUCGGGAAACACAGGGAUUGCAUUGGCAGCGAUUGCAGCUAUCAAGGGUUACAAGCUGAAGCUCAUCAUGCCUGAGAAUAUGAGCUUAGAGAGGCGUGCCAGCAUGGCAGUCUAUGGAGCAGAGCUGACGCUCGUGUCCACCGGUGCCAUGGAAGAAGCCCGCGAUCUCGCCCUGGCAAUGCAAGCACGUGGAGAAGGGAUUGUUCUGGAUCAGUUUUCACCUCAGAUGGCGGGUAUGACUGAGUUGCGGAUGACUAAGAAUGUUUAUGUUUAA